AUGGAUAACGUCGAACAAAAUUCGAGUCUGUUUAUUAACAAACGUAAGAAACAUCGUUAAUAUUUUAGAAACGUUUAAUCCUUUGCACUGCAACUAUUUUCCUAGUUUGUUCCCGAACUUUGAUUCAAUUUUUGAACUAAUCUGCUUUUAGCAACUGCGUGAAGCGUCGCGUCAAAGGUGACUCCAGAGUUCUAGGGAGAGAUAGUUUCAUCCAGAGGCCGGAGGUGACCUCACGUUGCAAAGGGUUAAUUAUGACCGACGAAUUAAUUAAAAUUCCAACAAACUAAUUAAAGCGAACGCUUCUUUUUCUAUUUUAAAUAUUUGAAGACUUCGCGCGUGUACUGCACGUACCGUCGAGGACGCGACAACGAGGGAAUUUUCACAUUUCACGGAACAUUCUCGCAAUUGUUCUCGAUUGCAGUCCGGUUGAAAAUCGAUGUGAGAGUUGUUCACACGUCCGAGCUCGCAACAAACCGGCAGAUGGAGUAGGCCAUGUGAAUCAGAAGGGCUCGACAGGUCAGAAAGCGCCGCUGACCGCCGGACAGAAGGUGGCGCCUGGUGCGAAAGGUGCAGCGAAACCAGCUCAGAAACCCAGUGCUCAGAAGGGACAGGUGAAGGUCACGCCUAAAGCCGCUUCCGUCAAGACUGGCAAGAACAAAAAGAAGGGACAGAGGCAGCAGUACGAUCUCAUUGUCACCAUCAAUUUGGUGAGUAAGAGUAAUUUCUUGUCGUUUCAUUUCUCGACGAAUUUCUCAAGUCCUAGAACAUAGAGCUUCACUUACAAUAGUGAUUUCCAAGUGAAGAAACCUUGUAGGUUCGACCAUAAUAUUUUUUUUUUUUUUGAUGAAUUGAACAUUAAUAAGAAUAACUUCAUUGGAAAAUAACAAGAAUAAUUUCGCUGAAAUUAUUUACUUUGAUCAUUUGUAAAAAAGAAAUUUAGUAAGAUCUUUUAUCCCUAACUAUAUACAAUCUUUCCUUAAUUCUAGAUCAUGAAUUUUCCUUGUCCAAUAAGAAUCCAAAAUAUUGA